AUGGUUACCGAGAGCACUUUAUGGAAAAAGGUCCAGUCAUUUACUGGACCUGUUCCUCGGGCAAGGCACGGACACCGGGCAGCAGCAAUACGGGAACUAAUAGUUAUAUUUGGAGGGGGAAACGAGGGUAUAGCGGAGGACUUGCAUGUUUACAACACUGUGUCCAGACAGUGGUUUCUUCCAGCAGUGAGAGGAGAUAUUCCCCCUGGUUGUGCUGCUCAUGGUUUUGCCUGUGAGGGAACACGCAUCUUAGUAUUUGGAGGAAUGGUUGAAUUUGGAAAAUACAGUAACAGCCUUUAUGAACUGCAGGCUAGCCGUUGGCUGUGGAAGAAGCUGAAGCCGCGCCCACCAAAAAAUGCCUCACCCCCAUGUCCUCGCCUUGGACACAGCUUCACUCUACAUGGCAACAAAUGCUACUUGUUUGGAGGGUUGGCCAAUGACAGUGAAGACCCAAAUGGCAACGUGCCAAGGUAUUUGGAUGAUUUCUAUGAGCUAGAGCUACAAACCCAGUCUGGGGUGAAGAGCUGGAACAUUCCAGAAACAAAAGGUGGGGGCCCGUCGGCCCGGGAGUCCCAUACCUCGGUGGUGUACAGCAGUAAGACUGGUGGUGCACCCAGACUUUACAUCUAUGGAGGCAUGUGUGGACAAAGACUGGCAGACCUGUGGCAGCUGGACAUUGAAACGAUGACCUGGUCCAGACCUCAAACCACAGGACCUUCUCCACUACCUAGAAGCAUGCAUUCUGCCAAUGUGAUUGGAAACAAGAUGUAUGUGUUUGGUGGCUGGGUCCCAGUCAUGGAGACAGAGAACAAACCCAAUGCACUAGGGGUGGAAUGGAUCUGCUCUAACUCACUUUCAGUGCUAAACCUUGACACCAUGACCUGGCAGUGUAUCAGUCCAGAGCAGCAGCAGCAGGACUCAGACCCUGGAGAAGAAGAGAGCAGUGCCAGUAGACCCCGGGCAAGAGCAGGGCACUGUGGCACGACCAUAGGCUCCCGUCUCUACAUCUGGAGCGGGCGAGAUGGUCACAGGAAGAGCUGGAACUACCAGGUGUGCUGCAAGGACCUUUGGUACCUCGAAACAGAGAAGCCCUCCACUCCUGCUGCUGUGUUGUUGGUGAAGUCCACCAUCAGCAUGCUACACGUUGCCUGGCGACCACUACCUGCUGCUGACUGUUACUUGCUCCAGCUGCAGCCUGUAACUGCUCCACACAGUUCACCCAGUGGAACAUCCGCUUCACUAACCACAUCCAUGCCACCACCCAGCACGGGUGCAGAAAAGAAACAUUCCCUGCACGUCAAAGACUUACAGCUGGCCCAUGACCUUGGUGUGAAAGGACGGGCCCAUCGUGGAGGGGAUGGGAGCCCUUCAUCCCAGGUGGUGUCUGAAGGCCCAGAGGUGGUAUGUGAGAGUGGGACACUAACACACAUACAGUCCCCAGUCACAGAGAAAAGAAAUGGAUGUGAGACCGUACCUAUGGCGGACACGGCCUCCUCCAAACAGCCCUUGUCUACGGUACCGGGCCAGGCCUAUGACUCUAAGGUGAGCUCGUUGCCAAAGGAAACCAGUGAUCACCAACACAGUGCAUCUCAACAACAGCGAGACCAAGGCAUGGCAUCCACCUCUUGUCUACAGAGUGAGAGCUCAGAGAACUCCACGUGGUUUGAUGUCGGUGUGUUCAAAACUCUCUUCUCUGAGGUCACACACUACUUCCUACCCUCAGAGAACGGUGACCUGGGGACAGCUCUCAUCCUACAAACUUCUGACGUCAACGCUGAGUGGAAACUCCCAAAGUCUAAUUGUUUUGAGGGUCGAGAGAAGGAGGAGCUGGCACCUGGGGUCACUUACAGGUUCCGGGUAGCAGGUCUGAAUAGCUGUGGGAUGGGAGAUUUCAGUCCAGUGAGUGAGUUUAAGACUUGUCAACCUGGAUUUCCUGGAGCACCCUCUGCUGUCAAAAUCACUAAGGCAACAGACUCUGUGCACAUUACAUGGGAAUCUCCCUCUUCUCCCUCGGGGAAGAUUCUAGAAUACUCCAUGUACCUAGCCGUGAGGAAGAGUCGGGGGAACAGUUCUGAGAGGCCGGGGGAGCCAGCAUUUAUCCGCAUUUACCGUGGCACUAAGACUUCCUGUACAGUCAGCUCCGCCCACCUCGGCAACGCCCACAUCGACUGCUCGGCUCGACCUGCCAUCGUGUUCCGCAUUGCAGCCAAGAACGAACAGGGGUACGGCCCUGCCACUCAGAUACGCUGGUUACAAGAUGCGAGCAAACUUAAGACUUCAUCACAACCAGAGUCCAGCUCUCCAGGGGCAGCAGAGUCAGACAACUUAAAAAGCUUCUAAUGGAGACUACGAGGAGUUCCUGUCUAGUUUUUUUAGGAGAUAGCAUUU